AUGCCAACGAAUGGGAUCCACCAGGUCCUGAAGAUCCAGUUCGGGUUGAUCAACUGCGAGAGCCGGUACCUGACAGCGGAGAGCUUCGGCUACAAGGUGAACGCCUCGGCGCCCAGCCUGAAGCGCAAGCAGAUCUGGACGCUGGAGCAGGAUGAAGCCGACAGCUCCGUCGUCUUCCUCAAGAGCCACCUGGGCCGGUACCUGGGUGCCGACAAGGACGGGAAGGUGCGGUGCGAGGCCGAGCAGCCGGGCCGGGAUGAACGCUUCAGCAUCAUCACCCAGUCGGACGGGCGCUGGGCGCUGCAGUCGGCCCCGCACCGGCGUUUCUUCGGGGGCCGGGAGGAUCGGCUCUCCUGCUUCGCCCCCAGCAUGACAGAGGGGGAGCUCUGGACCGUGCACUUGGCCAUGCACCCCCAGGCCAACCUGCUGAGCGUCAGCCGCCGCCGCUACGCCCACCUCAGCGCCCACGAGGACGAAAUCGCCACCGACAGCAACCUGCCCUGGGGGGUGGACGCCCUCAUCACCCUCUGCUUCCAGGACAAGAAGUACAGCCUGCGCACCGCCGACGAGCGCUACCUGCGCUGCGAUGGCACGCUGGUACCCGAGCCCGGCGCCCGCACUGGCUACACCCUUGAGUUCAAGGCGGGCAAGCUGGCUUUCAAGGACUGCGACGGCAAAUAUCUGGCACCCACGGGGCCCACCGGCACCCUCAAAUCCGGCCGCAGCUCCAAGCCGGGGAAAGACGAACUCUUCGACCUGGAGGAGAGCCACCCCCAGGUGGUCUUCACGGCGGCCAACGGCAGAUACGUCUCCAUCCGGCAGGGCCAGGGGGGCAAGUUCUGGUACGUGGCAAACAGCGGGUCGGUGUGCAGUGACGGGGACCUCUCCGAGGAUUUCUUCUUCGAGUUCCGGGAGCGGGGACGCGUCGCCAUCAAAGGGAAGAACGGCCGGUAUCUACGCGGGGACCCGGCUGGCACCCUGCGCGCCGACAGCGAGUCCGUGCUGCGGGCCACGCUCUGGGAGUACUGA